GUUAUAAAUGCAGCACUCAUGAUCUGCUUCAGCGUAGGCUCUGUAAAGAUGUACCGUAAUACUCAGAUGCUGCAUAUUUCCUAUUAAUACAGGUAACAACCCAGCAUAAGAGCUAUGGUGGCACAGUGGUUAGAAUGCAGUAUUGCAGGCUAAUUCUGCUGACUGCCAGCUGUUCGAUCCUGACCGGCUCAAGGUUGACUCAGCCUUCCAAGGUCUGUAAAAUGAGGACCCAGAUUGCUGGGGGGCAAUAGGCUGACUCUGUAAACGGCUUAGAGAAUGCAGUAAAGCACUAUGAAGUGGUAUAUAAGUCUAAGUGCUAUUGCUAUAAUUCCAUCUACUCAUAAAAUCAUCUAAUUAAGAACUGCAAAUCUCAUCCUCUCAGUCUGCAGAGCUCCAAAUUGGUUCCCCCAUUCCAACACAAGCAGGUCACCAGCUGAGCUAGCAGAAGUGCUUGGAGGCCCUGAGAUGCUUUGCUUACUACACCAGCUUAAGGAUCUGGUGCUUGGGAUGACAUCCUAGAGAUGUCCCACGGCAUAUCCCUCAUGGGUCACUGAACCAAGGUUUACCACAACUCAACCAAGUUAAAAAUCAGCUGACCACCUUCAAGUCAAACCCGGCUCUAGAUACCCAGCAGCUGCCAUAGAUGCAUUGUGUUAGGGCAACCCUGCCAAUUAGCCUCUUCACCUCGGCCCUGGUUCGGUGAACCAGGGUAAGUUGGCAUGGGGCCUACCCAACCCAUUUCGCCCAGCUGGUCCCAUCCCUUUGGGGUGGGCUCCGCUGGCUCCGCUCGCCCCCCUCGCCCCCCUCCCCGCCCUCAUUCCCCGUCUGGUCUCCAGCCCGGGUUUUCUAUGCAACGCCAUCUCCCAUCCGUGCAAAGGGGAGGGUUUCCCCCCUCCCCUUUCCCGGCACAGAGAAAGCGGAUGGCUCCAGCCGCGGCAGCUGGAGGAGCGGCGGCGGCGGCGGCGGCGGCGAUGGGAAGUCCGAGCCGGGGAGCAAACUCAGCAGCCCCGGGACCGGCGGCCUCUGCUGCUCCUCCUCCAUCUCCUGGCUUGCGCUCCGGAAGACUUCUCGGCCGCGCUCCGCAGAGGCCACGAUGACCUGAUUUCCUGGGGUGCCGCUCCGGUCCCUCGCCCGGCUUUCUCCAGCGCACCAGCCCGGCAUCCUUUGGAGAGCUGCAGAAGAGGACCGCGCCGCCCAAAGCGCUCCGGGGAGGAAUGCGCGCCUGGCAGACGGAGCGCCAUCCAGAGGGGGGCUGGAGAGAGAAGAAGCAAGAGGCGAGGAGGGCCUCUUAGCAGCACCUGCGGCCCCCCCACCCCCACCCUCUCCCGCGUCUCCCAGCUGCUGCUGCUGCAACCUACAGACUUUAAAAAAAAAGAAAGAAAAGCGAGAACGGCGAAGAACGUCUCCUCCCCGCGACCGCCUCGUUGCCUUUUUGCGCGCGCUCACUCUCCCUUUCGAGUUGAAGGGGCUUUCGCUUUUCUUUGAUCGCUCGGUAGAUUUUCCCCUCCGGUCUUCUCUUUCAUUUGUUCGGGUCUCUCUCUCUCUCUCUCUCUCUCUCUCUCUCUCUCUCUCUCUCUCUCUCUGUCUCUCUCUCUCUCUCUCUCUCUCUCCCCCUCUCCGUCCUCCUCCCCCCGUCUCCCCCCUUUCUUUUUCUUUCUUUCUUUCUUUGCCAGCAUCUUUUUUUUUUCUCUCCUCUUGCUUUGUCUCCUAAAAGACACCUCUCCUGCAGGGAACGACAGCCGCUUACAGGCUUUGUGCGUUGGCCCCGCAUCCUCCGUGGAGAGAAGAAAAAGCAUCCCUUCCUUAACUUUCCCUCCCUCUCUUCUCCUGCCCCCCUCCCGCACCCCCGAAUCAUAAUAAUUUAGAAGUUUGUUCCUCCUACUGAGGAAACAUUUUUUUUUCUCCUCUCCGGGUCCCUCCGCCAAGAAAUAAAGUUAUCCUUUUUAAAUUUCUAUACACGUCCUUUGCUCUUCUCUCUUUCUGUGUGCCUUGCUCAGCUUUUUCCUCUUGCAGUGCUAAAGAGAAAGCCCCAGGAAAGCGUAGCUGUCUCCCAGGGUUUCUCUAGGUCAACUCUUUUAUUCUUGAAAAAGGACCUGAAGUAUUUAUUCAGAAUCCAGCAGCCUCCUCGUUCUCUGCCGUCCUCCCCCUCUCCUUUUUUUCUUUCUUUUUGCUACCCCGGGACUUUGGAAUUUCAUCUAGAUUAUCUCCCUGGCAAGCCAGUCGGACUGGAACACACAGCGACAUUGGAGAACUUGGUCUUCUGCAGUGGCAAAUCAGUUCCAACGACCUCCCCUCCUCCCUCCCCUCCCCUCCCCACAAAGGGGUUUGGUUUUUCCCAAAGACCAGUAGCAUCUCAGAAGGUUCGGAGGAGGUUGGCAGAGAGAAGAUCUUUCUGGGACUGGUUCCCUCUCUCUGCAAAGGAUGCUCUCUAUUUAACUUCCUUUCUAGCUCUUCCGGAGAGUCAUGACUUUCUUGCUUUCCAGCCUUGCAAGCCCUCGUCUCUGGAGUGGGAGCUCCGAUUUAGUCUGCUUUUCCCCUUGCCUGCCACCUGCCAGCACUUGUCGCUUUAAAUAACCCAACAGUGCAAACUGAGGGAGACUUGCCAAAGAUGCAAGGAUGAGGAAGGUUUCCUUGUCACCAGUCUCUUCUUGAACCCGGCUCCAUCCCAGGUUCUCCUCCUCCAAGUUCCACCCCCCUUCUUCCAGUAAUUGUCAAAGCAGCAGCAGCAGCAGCAGCAGCAGCAGCAGCAGCUCCAGUUGCACGUGUCCCACACUGGGAAGUUCUUGAUGGCUUCUCUAAGGAGAGUGAAAGUCUUGCUGAUCUUAAACUUGAUUGCCGUGGCUGGCUUUGUCCUCUUCCUGGCCAAGUGCAGGCCCAUUGCGAUGAAGAACGGCGAUGCUUUCCAUGAAAUCCAUCCCAGAGCAGAAGUGGCCAACUUGACAGCCCACCCAGUCAAUCCCAUUCAAGAUGCAGUGCUAAAGCGGUUGUCGCUUCUUGAGGACAUUGUCUACCGGCAACUCAAUGGUCUGUCAAAAUCCUUGGGGCUUAUUGAAGGCUACGGUGGUCGUGGCAAAGGUGGCUUGCCUGCCACUCUUUCUCCAGAGGAGGAAGAAAAAGCCAAGGGACCCCACGAAAAAUAUGGCUACAAUUCCUAUCUCAGUGAGAAAAUAUCAUUGGACCGCACCAUACCAGAUUAUCGUCCAACUAAGUGUAAAGAGCUUAAAUAUGCAAAGGAUCUCCCACAGAUUUCUAUUAUCUUUAUCUUUGUCAAUGAGGCACUUUCAGUCAUCCUGCGUUCAGUUCACAGUGCUGUAAAUCACACUCCGGCUCACCUCUUGAAAGAGAUCAUCCUUGUAGAUGACAACAGCGAUGAAGAAGAAUUGAAGGCACCACUGGAAGAAUAUGUCAACAAGAGAUAUCCAGGCCUAGUGAAGGUAGUCCGUAACCAGAAAAGAGAAGGUUUGAUCCGAGCUCGCAUUGAAGGCUGGAAAGUGGCCUCAGGGCAGAUCACGGGCUUCUUUGAUGCACAUGUGGAAUUCACCGCAGGCUGGGCAGAGCCAGUUCUUUCAAGAAUCCAGGAGAACCGGAAAAGGGUCAUCCUCCCAUCAAUUGACAAUAUCAAGCAGGACACCUUUGAGGUGCAGCGCUAUGAAAAUUCAGCCCAUGGAUACAGCUGGGAGCUUUGGUGCAUGUAUAUUAGUCCGCCAAAGGAUUGGUGGGAUGCAGGAGACCCUUCCUUACCUAUCAGGACACCAGCCAUGAUUGGAUGUUCUUUUGUGGUGAACCGGAAGUUUUUUGGGGAAGUCGGUCUUCUCGAUCCAGGAAUGGAUGUUUAUGGUGGAGAAAACAUAGAACUUGGAAUAAAGGUAUGGCUGUGUGGUGGCAGCAUGGAGGUUCUCCCUUGCUCUCGAGUGGCCCACAUUGAGCGCAAGAAAAAGCCGUACAACAAUAACAUUGGCUUUUACACCAAGAGGAAUGCACUGCGGGUGGCUGAGGUGUGGAUGGAUGACUACAAGUCCCAUGUAUACAUUGCAUGGAACCUGCCAUUGGAGAACCCAGGAAUUGAUAUUGGGGAUGUUUCGGAGCGAAAAGCACUUAGAAAAAGUUUGAAGUGCAGAAGUUUCCAAUGGUACCUGGACCAUGUCUACCCAGAAAUGAGAAGAUACAAUAAUACCAUUGCCUAUGGAGAGCUGAGGAACAACAAGAUAAAAGAUGUCUGCCUCGAUCAAGGGCCACAGGAAAAUCACACGGCGAUCCUCUACCCAUGCCAUGGCUGGGGGCCACAGCUUGCUCGCUACACCAAAGAAGGAUAUCUGCAUUUAGGAGCUCUUGGGACUACAAUAUUGCUCCCAGAUACCCGCUGCCUGGUGGAUAAUGUGAAGAAUAAGCUCCCUCAGUUGCUUGAUUGCGAGAAAGUCAAGAGCAGCCUCCACAAGCGUUGGAAUUUUAUACAGCAUGGUGCAAUCCUAAAUAAAGGGACAGGACGCUGCUUGGAAGUUGAAAAUAAAGGCACAUCUGGUAUGGAUCUUAUUCUCCGCAGCUGCACAGGACAAAGAUGGACAAUUAAACAUUUUAUCAAGUAGAGAGCUUUUUAUCCAUUGUUCAAGAAUUCUGCAGAUUGAGUUCUCACCUGGGGAGACAUUUUUAUCAAACCUUCAACUCUCAUUCACAAUAUCAGGGAAGACUCAUAAGGGAAGGUGUUUGGGUUUUUUUUUAUAUUUUAUUUAUUUGAACUUUGGUUAUCUCUUUGCCAAACUUGACUGACUGACAGAAUGAAAACAUUCCAGAUCUACAGUUGUCAUUAUCCUGAAGGUUCAAGGCACAUCUUGACUUAAAAGGAUAGUAACGAAAGCUUACAAACAUUUCCAAAAAUAACCUCAAUCCCCACUCCAGAUACAGGACCAGCAAAUUAUAUUUGAGGUUCAGCGAUGAAACUUUUGAUACUCUUUUAUUUGAAUGCACACAAUCUUGGAAAUGACAUAAUAUAUUAAUAUUGAAUACCAUGUCAAAAGAUAAAAAAAAGAAGUCAUCUUCCAUGAAGGUAGCAUGAGAUGUCUAUCACAGCCUCAUUUGGACGUUUCAAGUGCUCUGGAUUUCUAGAUGGAUAUUUUAUAAACUUUUUGCAGAAUGCGUCCUUCAUACCAAGCACAUCAUAUUGUUAUUAACUUGAUGCUACUAGUUCAAAGAGGAACAAGGAUUAUCCCAAAAUGUCAUGAAGAACCAGGGGUGUCAAUGAAAUCCACCAUGGAGUUUUAAAAGAAGAGAGUUGCAGCACACAGGAACAUGGACUCUGCCAUUGCAGUGAAUGAACCCUAAAAUCUGUAUUAGUCCCAUCAAAAUUUAACACACACGGCAUUAAACCAAUUUGUUUGUGAAAGGUACAGCCAUAAAAGAUUGUUUCUGAAAUUGCAUACAUCACAGUGCAGUUGUAUCAGACAUACAAGAGCCUAAAUAACAGGCUAAAAAAUAGAUGGCUAUGGAAAAAAAUCUAUUUGUGUGGCUGCUAGGAGCUAAAAAUGACUUGAUGGUAUAUAAUCAAUCAAUAUGGUGGAGAAGUGCAGAUUUAAAAAAACAAGAGUGGAAAGGGAAAAAUUUUAUCACAAUGAGCAUCAGGGAAAAGUAUGUUUACAAAAAAAAAUCUUGGAAUUUCCAUUAAAAGGCUGGUACUUUAGGAGAAAAUGUAUGUAAUAUUAUUGAAUAUUUAAGGAAAGUUGUGUUUGAAAACUUAUGCAAAUAACUGAUUUAAAGAAAUGGAUAAAUGAGACAGGUUCUGCCUUGCUAGAACAAAUCCUAGAGCAGAUUUUUGCUGAUUUAUAUAUCUCAAGCAGUAUUUUUAUAGCCAACAUAAUUACAAUCUGUGUUUUCUAGGGAUCAAAUUUUCUGCCCUUUGUCAGUCUUAAAAAGAAAAUACACUUAUUAGUCAAUGAUCAAUAAUGAGGAUGUUUUCAUGAGGAACUAUAUUUCUCCCAGCUUCCCUAUAAGCAGUGGAUGUGGAAUGUGAAAUAUGCAAUCUUAAUUUAAAGAAAAAUCCCAUGAAAAUGUGCUUAGAAACAAACAAACAAACAAAAACUCACACUGUUUCCUACUUGGAACGAAAUCCCUUGUCGUGAUUUUGGCACAUAUUGAUGGGCUUCCUUAACCAUUGGCUAAUUUAAAUUCAUCACAGUUGGUGUAAGAAAAAGAAAAAGCUUCUUUAAAACAGAAAAUUCUCUUUCUCCCUCUCUCAGGACAUCCAAUUAAAUAAUCCAAGAUCUAAAAUUCUGGUAAGACAAGAGGGUUCUCACAUGACAUAUUUAACCUGGUCAUUUGAACACUUAGAGUUUGCAUCUGGAUACUAUGCUAAGAAUGGUUUGUGUUGAUCUUUGUUAGUUUCUUUAUGGCCUAGCCCGAUGUACAUCCUGCUUGGUUGAUUUCUGUGCAAGUAAUUCUACAAACCCAGAAAACUGGAUUAAUUCAGUAAUCAGGUUAAAUGGUUGUGAAUGCCACUGUUGUUCAAUUUGUUUAAUUAAAUUCUUUAAUUUCCA